CCAGCAGAGCGAAGAGCAUGUUCUAGAGCAAAGGAAGCUGAGAGGCAAGGCAACACACUCCUUUCCUCCUCUGACAUCUGGCCGCUGUGUUGCCAAGCAUGCUGCUCUCCUUGCUCCUUUACGCAGGGAUUGUGAGCGGAUUCCGCCCCAACCAUGAAUCAGGGGAGAUCUCUUCAAGUGACUUCACAGACACUGACAUCACGGAAUUGGGGGCGCUGCGGGCCGUAGCCUGGUACCUGGAAAGGAACCCCCUUCCUGGAAGACCUGCCCUGACUCCUGGAGAGCUGGAAAACAUGAAUCCAUUGAAUGCAACCGGGCUCUUCAAGGCCUAUUACAAAGCUGAUGUCUCUCCCAGCCGAUUCCUAAAAGCCAUCCAGGAAAUUGUCACUGGAAAUAAUCUAGUGGAAUCAUCUAAAGGCAACAGCGACUACUACUUCUACUGUGAACAGUUCAGCAAAAGUAUUAACCUAAUUCGAAUUCUGGAUGACUCCAUGCUUUCCGGUCUGAAAGGGGAGGUGAACCCCACUGCUUUGGAAGCAGCUCGCCUGAGUGCUGGAAGAGCCCUUCACGUGGUUCAGAAAUUCUACAGCAACACCAACUGGGUCGAAAUGGAAAAGACCAGCCCUUACGAAUACUUGUUAAAUCAAAGUAGUCCUGUCAUUCCCACUGCACCAGUUUCGAAGAGGACAUGUGACAACUGUAAAAGGAUAUCAAGGACCCUGUUCCAGUGUGAGGACAACCUCCUGGUGAAAGACAUGCUUACAAGUGGAUAUAAAGCAUCACUUUCCUGCAAGAAGAAGCUACCAGGCAAAUGUGGACAUGGAGGGAAAUAUGAUGUGACUCAAACGUUCCCUAUCACGGGUGGCAUCAAUAAGGAGACGUCUAAUCCCGAACUUUCGCCACACUAUCGCCUGCAUCAGAGAGCAGCAGAAUUAGCCAUCGAAGCAACCAAGAGCUUUUUUGUGGGAGAUGGUUUCGGCCUCUUAAGUAAAGUGGGAGACAUUACUUUUAAGAAGUUUUUCAACCUGGAUGGUUAUUCCCUCACCUUUGUGGUGGACACUACCGGCAGCAUGUCAGAUGAUAUCAGUCAAGUCAAAACCAAAUGCAUCGAACUCCUUCGUACUUAUUCUGGCUCACCGGAUGCACCUUUUAAUUACAUUCUUGUGCCAUUUAAUGACCCUGAGGUUGGACCCAUCAUUAAGACCCAAAGUGUGGACGAAUUGGAAUCAGCAAUCUCUCGCCUGACUGCUACAGGGGGUGGCGAUUGCCCAGAAAUGUCCAUGACUGGCUUGAAACUGGCUUUGCAACAGAGCAUGCCAAGAUCCAAGAUUUUUGUCUUCACUGAUGCGGGAGCCAAAGACGAGUCCCUGAAGGGAGAAGUGCAAAUUCUGAUUGAUUCUUCUAAGUCCAUAGUGAAUUAUCUCCUCACAGGCUAUUGUGCCAGCAGGAAACGCAGAAGUAAGUCAAUCCCCGUGAAGAAAAUAUUCUGAUGUUUUCUCAG